AUGAUGGAUGAAAAGAACAGUCUUCCGCCGUACAGCGCCGUCGCGGCACCAGCCGGCCGCUGGUCGCGGCUGCGCGGACGGCACGGCUCACCGCGUCGGCGUCGCGCCUUUAAGCUCUUCGGCCUCGCGUGUCUGGCGCUGCUCGUCGUCGCGCAGUGGAAGCAGCUCUGGCGCUCCGACGCGCGCGCCCCGCGGCUCUCGCAGGUGAAGCUCAACGAGGAUCUCGCGACGUGCAAGCGGCUGCGGCACAAGCCCAAGGACCCAAUUGGCCUCGGCCGUGACAGGAACGCUCGCUACAUCGACGGCGCGAAGCCGACGCUCAUCAAGAACGCCACGAUCUGGGUCGGUGAGCCCGUUAAGGGUACCAGUGACGAGGAUGCUAGGGCCGGCAAGGGCUGGGAGUGGACGACGGGCGAUGUCCUGCUCGAGAACGGCCUCAUCACGCGCGUCGAGACGCACAUUGACGCGCGCCACCUCUCCAAGGACACGCUCGUGUACGACGCCGCGGGAAGGCAGCUCACGAGCGGCAUCAUCGACAUGCACAGCCACACGGGCGUCUACUCCCUGCCUACACUCAACGGAAACUCGGACGGCAAUGAAAUGUCGGACAACAUCACUCCCUGGGCACGCGCCAUCGACGCCAUCUACCCCUUUGACCCUCAAAUUCAGGUCAUCAAGUCGGGCGGCGUCACCACGUCGCUUGUGCUGCCAGGCUCCGGCAACAACAUGGGUGGCGAGGCCUACCUCGUCAAGCACGCGGUCGGUCAUCGUGAUGGCCGCAGCGAGAUCAGCGCUGCCGACAUGCUCGCCGAUCCGGACCGCACCUGGCGCUACAUGAAGAUGGCGUGCGGCGAGAACGCCAAGAACGUUCACGGCGGCAUCGGGAAGCGGCCCUUUAGUCGCAUGGGCGAGAGCUAUGAUUUCCGCCACGCUUUUGAACGGGCAAGGGAGCUGAUCCGGCGGCAAGACGACUGGUGUGACAAGGCCGAGGCUGUGGGUGUCGAGAGCAUGGACGAGUAUCUGCCACAAGAGAUAUUCUGGGAGUCGCUGGGGGCGGCCCUGCGCGGACAGGUGCACAUCAACACGCACUGUUACACGGUCCCCGAUCUGGAGGCCAUGGUCGACCACACCAACGAGUUUCAGUUUCCCGUCAGGGCCUUUCACCACGCGCACCAGACGUAUCUCGUGCCAGAGAUCCUGAAACGCACCUGGGGCGGCCGAACACCGUCCUCGGCCAUCUUCGCCGACAACAUGUACUACAAGAUGGAAGCGUACGUCGGCUCCGAAUACGCGGGCAAGCAUCUGUACGACGCCGGCCUGACAACCGUCUACGUGAGCGACAACCCCGUGCUCAACGCCCAGCACGUGCUUUUCGAGGCCGCAAAGGGCUACCGCUAUGGCUUGCCCUACCACGCGGCCCUGGCGGCGGUGACGACGGCUCCGGCCGAUGACCUCGGCAUGGGCCAGCGUCUCGGAAAGAUCAAGCCGGGAUUUGACGCCGACGUAGUCGUUUGGGACAGUGAUCCGCUGAGCGUGGGUGCCGCGCCUGUGCAGGUCUGGAUCGACGGCACGGCGCAGUUUGAAGACCCCGUCGAGCUUCCCAAGUCGCGAGACGGACCCAUCGUGCCAGACGAGGCGCUGGCUACCAUUAUCGAGGAGCCGACGACGUUUGCCGAUGCCCUGUUUACGGGCGUGACAAAGGUGCUCUUGGCGAAUGGCGAGGACGAGAAGGCAGCUUCGGAUGGCAUGCCCGUCAACGUGGUAGUCUCCAAAGGCAACAUCGCCUGCAUCGGCGUUUGCGAAUCCGAGUUCUCCGCCGCCACCGCCGCCGGCGUCAAGCCCGUGGCGCUCAAGCACGGCUACCUGACGCACGCCUUCACGGGCGUGGCGGGCACGCUGGGCCUCAACGAGAUCGACGCCGAGAGCGCGACAGACAACGGCGACAACCCGUACAAGUUCACGCGGGCCGUCGACGGGCUCCAGCUGGGCGGCAAGAAGCUGCACGCGGGCGCCAAGUACGGCGUGACGCGGGCCAUUUCCGCGCCCAAGUUCACCGGCCAGCAGUCGCACCACGGCACGAGCGUCGGCUUCGUCACCACGGCGGCGACGAGCCUCGAGCGCGGCGCCGUGUUUGCGGAGGACGUGGCGGUGCAUUACACGCUGGACCUGGGCGUGCGCGGGCAGGACAGCUACUCGGGUGCGUUUGGGGAGCUGCGCACGAAGCUCAUGGAUGCGGCGAGGGCGAAGCGCGACCCUACGGACUCGUACUCAGAGUUUGCGUACCUGCGCAAGGUCGUCAAGGGGGACAUGGUGCUCGCCCUGACGAUCAACAGCGCCGACGGCAUCGCCACCGCGCUGCGCAUCAAGGCGCAGGUAGAGGGCGUUUUGAAGAACAACGACGACGACGACGGCGGCGAGCGACGCAUCAAGAUGGCCAUCAUCGGCGGCGCCGAGUCGCACCUCGUUGCCGCGGAAAUCGCAGCCGCGCACGUCGGCGUCAUCCUGCUCCCGCUGCAGCCCACGGCCGCGACGUGGGACACGCGCCGCACGCUGCCGGGCGCGCCGCUCACCAACGGCACGGCGGUGGACUGGCUGCUGGACGCGGGCGUCACGGUGGGCGUGGGCCUGCCCGAGGACUGGCGCGUGCGCGACCUGGGGCUCGAGGCGGGCACGGCGCUGCGCAACGGCGCGGGGAGGCUGAACGAGAGGGAGGCGCUGGCGCUGGUGGGGGCCAACAUUCAUAAGAUCUUGGGCGUGAAGGCGGAUGAUGAGGGCGCUGAGAGACGGCACUUUGUGUCUUUUCACUCAGUCUUCAAACAACAACCCCGAGCCGCCGGCGACAGCAGCCUCAUGGAACAGCCGGGCAGCGACAGCAGCGCCACCGAGGCCGGCCCAGACCUCCCCGCCGACACCACGAAUGCCGUCAAGCCGCGACGGCGAUGGACGCUCCGGCGGUGGCUCGACGAGCGCUUCGACUGGUCGUGGUUCACGUGCACGCAGUCGACGGGAGGCAUCGCCGUGCUGCUAUCCGAGUGCCCUCACCAGUUCCACGGCCUGCAGACCAUCGGCAUCGUCAUCUACGUGCUCAACCUGGCGCUGCUCGCGCUCUUCGCCUCGCUCAUGCUUCUGCGCUGGGCCACGACGCCGGCCACGCUGCGGCGCAGCUUCGUCGCCGCGCCGGAGUGCUUCUUCUACGGCUCCUUCUGGCUGUCGCUCGCGACGGUCAUCAUCGGCGCGCAGCGCUACGGCGUGCCGCACGCGGGCGCCUGGCUCGUCGUCGCGCUGCGCGUCUGCUUCUGGACGUACGCGGGCGUGGUGCUGCUCUCCGCGACGGUGCACUUCGUCGUCAUCUUCCGCUGCACGCCCGUCACGGCGCUGGGCAUCCACCCGGCGUGGUUCCUGCUCUUCUACAACGUCAUGCUCACGGGCACCGUCGCGGGCACGCUCGUCGAGACGCAGCCCCCCGCGCAGCGCCUGCCCAUGAUGGUCGCGGGCGUGGCGUACCAGGGCUUCGGCUGGCUGGGGUGCAUGCUGCUCCUGACGUGGCUGUUUGGCCACCUCAUGGAGAAGGGGUGGCCGGCGGCGAGCCGCACGCCGGGGCUGUUCAUCACGGUCGGCAGCGUGGGAUAUACCAUCGUGGCGCUCAUCGGGCUGGCGAGGGCCGCGCCCGAGGGGUAUGGGUACUUUGCGGAGCAUCCCUCGGCGCGGGAGGUGCUGCUCGUGCUGGCGACGUGGACGAGCGUCUUCAUGUGGUUGUUUGAGCUGUGGCUGUUUGCGCUGGCGCUGCUCAUUACGCUCGCGUCGAUGGCGAAGCGUGAGGAUGGGCGGUGGACGUGGCAGCUGAGCUUCAACAACACUUGGUGGGCCAUGAUUUUCCCCAAUGUCGGCUUCACGCUCUCGACGGUGUACCUGGGCCAGGAGCUGGGGAGCGAGGCGGUGCUGUGGGUGUCGACGGUCAUGACGGUGUUGGUGGUGGCGGCGUGGCUCAUGAACAUGGUUCUCAUGGUCAAGAGCGUGUACACGACCUUUUUCAGCCAAGCAGACGACAAGCUGCAAUAA